AUGGAAGCCAUGGCAAAAGCAGACCUGGUUGGACAACAACGCUAUGUUCCAGACAACCAUCAGGCAAGCAAGUACCCCACGGAACAAAACGUUGAGGAUCUCCAUCUCCUUGAGGGUUCUCCCUGCUCCAUGGAGAUUGAUACCAGCUCGUCACUGACCAUCAUGUCCUGGGCCAUGCUUAAACAGGCUGCCCCCAACUUGAGGAGGCACAAGGAGGGCAGAAAAUUAAGUGAAAUAAUUUUAUGGUCACAAGACAAAGUUUUUCUUGGAUAUCCUGAGAAUGAAUUUCAUCUAUUGAUAACUGUACAACUAUUAAGAGAAAAACUAAAAUUAAAAAGAACUGUUAAUCUAUUAAUAGUAGGUGCUUGCUAUGACUCACUUAUUGCUUCAGUUUUAAUACUGAUAGAAUGCACUGGCUGUAUAAGCACAAAAGUAUUAUACAUGGCUUGCUAUAAAGAAGAUACAGAUAAGUGGAUCUUGAAAGACUUUACCCUAGAUACACCCGCUGUUGGUACCAUACAUAUGGAAGUCAUACUUUCAGGAGUAACAUCCUUGGUGUUGUGGGAUGAUGAUACCAUUUUCUAUACUUACAAAGAGCAUAAACAACAUGGUUAUCUUCUGGAUUCUGAAACAAAAAGCAAAUUUUCAGCAGCAUCUAAAGGAUCUAAAAUUCAUCAAAUUGUUAUUGAUUACGUUGGAAAUGCCAUAGUAAAGCUGGAAAAUAAUGCUCUGUUUUUCUUCAAAUUUGAAACGACAGAUAUUGUAAAGCUUACUCCUUGGGAAGAUAAUCUUACAAAGUUUAUAUUUUAUUUUAAUCCUUCUGGAAAUAUGUUUUUGCUGACAAUCGAUGGCCGAAAUAUCUAUAUCAAAGUAUAUCCAUUGAAAUUAGAAGUGUUUAGUGUUGCAUCAAAAUUGAAAGACGUUUGCCCAUAUAUAUCAUUUGAAAACAAUUUGAAUCUCAAUGUUCGUUAUAUAGAUAAGGGAGACAAAGUGGCAUUUUGGGGUCAGAUAGUAUAUUUAGAAAAUUAUGGUUUAUCAGUAGAAGUUGAAAUUUACAGGCCAGAACUGUUGCAGACCAAAGAAAUUAUCAAUUAUGAAAUAGCUCGUGGAAUCUGCACUAAAAAUAAGGAAGUAAUAUUUGAUAUAAACAAAUAUGGCUGCCCAUUACAGAAUCAUUAUACUCAAAACUUUUAUCCUCAAGUUGAGAUAUUUGAGGGUUCUAAAGGUUUCGUACCAGUUGAGGCAAACUAUAUAUUGUGGGAGAUGAAUGGAAGGAUUGACUUUGCCUACACGGCAACUAUGGAAAAGUCCUGUUUUAAAAAAAGAUCAGAACAAUUAAGGAAACUUGAUGGAAAAUAUGAGAUCUUAAAUAGUUCUGGUUUGAACUUUUUAAGUUGGCCUCAGUAUACCAGUACUUAUAUGUUCAAGCUGACAAUACUGGAUCCAAAUUUCAGUUUUUGUAAUUUGUCUACAUAUUUUGCUGUCCAGACCUAUGGUAUUAUUGAAAGACCAAAUUGGAUUCAUAUUGCCGGUUGGAACAUCUUGCUAUUGACUUUAUUUUGGGCAUUCCUCAUCUUCAGCUACUUCAGAUAUGUGAAGACAUUCCGAGCAUUCCCUUUUGUUGAUCCCCUGAAGUCACUUAGGCCAACUGCCACUGAAGAAAAAGCAUAA